GUACCGAAGAAGAGUAUGUCACUCAUGGAUGUAGCGGCACCGUCUCCUGCUAAUACGAGAGUUAUCAAAUUUUACAGCUGAUCCCGGGGUUUAUUUCUCUUUAGGAUGACCUUAUAUGGAUCGCGUUGUUAAACCUGAACGCGAGGAUUCUUUAUAGAAGGAGUGUAACCCAAUAAAAGUUGAGAAAAUGCCGACGAUUAUAGAAGAAGGGAAAGACACGAUCAUAUUUGUCACCAAAGAAGACCACGAAGCUCCAAGUAAUGCUGAACUCGUGGAAGAAGAUCCAAAUGAUCCGUAUGAAGAAAGAGGCCUGAUUCUUCCCAGUGGAGAAAUCAACUGGAACUGCCCGUGUCUGGGGGGCAUGGCCAGCGGUCCAUGUGGCUCUGAGUUUAAAGAGGCCUUCUCGUGUUUUCACUACAGUAAAGAAGAGGUGAAAGGCUCCGAGUGUCUGGACCAGUUUAGAUCCAUGCAGGAGUGUAUGCAGCGCUACCCAGAGCUCUACCCACAAGAGGACGAGAAAGACGAGAAAGACAAGCAAGAACAAGCAACUGAGAGCGGGGCAAAUGCUGCAUCUGAGGGACAAAAGGACAAUGAUACAACAGAAUCUGAAGUUAAGAGCUAACACUGAAGAUUAUUGGAGCAGGGAUUCAAAGAGAAUACUAUUUGGGUUACAAUAGUAUAUAAAAUGAAUUAUAAGUGUGACUAGGGCUGCAACGGUUAACUGGAAUAAUUGUGACUAUAGAAACAGUUAUGUAAACAGUGUAUCUUGAUAAGCAAAAUCUGACACUUACACGCAUGGAAAAGACAUUUUACUGUAAGCCAAGUUUAUUUAUAUAGCACAAUUUGUACACGAAGUAAUUCAAAGUGCUUUACAGAAUGAGAAAGAUAUUAAAAUCACAAUACAACAAAUACGAUGGUAGUAUUAAAGGUGAACUGUGUAUCUUUUCUGGUGGAGUAGUAAUCGUUCACUUAACUGAUUAAUUGAAAAGAAAAUUGCUGACUAUUUGGCUACUAAAAUAAUAAUAAUAAUCAUUAGUUGCAGCCCUAGUGUGAUUGACUGCUUGUUAUAUUGUGAGUCAGUGCUCUUGUUAAAUGCAGCUCUAUGCUCAAACUCUGUUACAUCCCAUCUCCGUUUACCCUGUGUUCCCAUUGGUCUGCCUCAGGGUGACAGGUUGAUUUAACCAAUCACAGUGAAGUGUGAUUGGUUAAUUCAUUGCUUAUUUAUCAUAAAUUGUUUUUCAAAAUGCCAAAAUUGUAGCAACAUGUUACCCUGGUGGCUUCUUUUAAAUAGUCAGUCUAAAUGUAUCGAUUUUCACUCUUUUUAGUUGACUCGACCAGAAAAUCUAUCGAUGAAAUUUAGCUAAAAAUGACAGUUCCAAGCCUAGUUCAUAAUUUGACUAUAAUGAUGGCAGUUUAGCAUCAAACAAGAGAUAAGUCUGUUUUGUUGUUGUUGUUUUUUUUCCAUUUCUGAUCUACCAUAGUUGAAUGCUAGUUUAAUAAUUAAGCAUAAAACACUGUACUGUAAUCACAACUUUUUUCUAUGAAAACCGGAUCAUUUCUGAACCUACAGUGAAACAUUUACUUGAACACAACUUAAACUGUAAUGUGUGAGACUUUUAUAAUUAAAAUAGCUUUACCACUAUUUUUGAUUUGCCUUGCUUUAAUGUGAUCUUUCUGUGCAGUUUAUUUUUAAAGCUGCAGAAUAAGGCUAUUUUGUACUCUUUCUGCCCCAUAUUAAGAACUUUACUGUAGGUGAGGGGUGUAUUUUAUGUUUCAAACCCUAGAAAAUGUUUAAUCUGACCAUGGCUUUUUUCAGCUUUGUAAAACUGGCUACAC